ACUAGUCUGCGCCUACGGCCGUCAGAGAUCGAGGCUACCGUACGACCCCAUGUAUUUACGUUGGUAUAGAUGGCCUGAUACGGGCGAUGGGAGGCAGCAUGAGAGCUGAGAUGCACAUUUAUGUAAUCCCGCAGCACUAGCUAACUUCGUCUACUGGCGCUCUUCACGCAGCAGCCGCCUGUCACUGCUAUGUUCAGCCCUUCUCCCAUUGUACCAAAUCUCGAGCUGCAGCCGAAGUUCACGCUGUGUGCUUGUCGCCCUGCCCUGGAUCCCUGUCGCCGCCACGCACUCUCCAGCUCGCUCGCCGUCACCAGCACUGGGGUCGGAGCUACCGCAGUGAAGGGCUAAGUAGUCUGCCUGGCCUAAGUUAGCCUCUCGCGUCGAUCUACUGCUGCUGCUGCUGCUGUUGUCAUACGAACCACACGCCUGACCCUCUCCGCUCCCCGUCCACCGCCUCCGCCCUCCGCCCUCCGCCACCGAUCCAGGCGCGGCCGCGACUAUGUGCAUUGCUUGGCCCCGCUGACCGCGACGCACGAGAGACGCUGCGGGCGAACAGAAGGGCGUUUGCGGGGAUCCGGGAACGUGGAGCACAGCGCGACGUCAAGCGAGCCGUCGUGAACUGCACAUGUGAAACAAUGCAGCGCCAUGAGGCCACCUCCCACCACCAGCCGCCGCCGCCUCCACCACCGCCCUCCGCCAACGCGAAGCAGACGCUGCCGCCGCCGCAGCAGCAACACCACCAACCGAAAGCUCUCCGCUUCGUCACCAACUACGGAGCACCUCAUCCCAAACGACGGCGCAUAGGAGCAGCCUGUCUAACAUGUCGAAAACGAAAGACUGCCUGCUCGGGCGAGCGACCCACGUGUGAGACGUGCAAGCAGAAUAAGCUGGAAUGUGCCGGUUACUCCGAGAGCACGGCGACGCCAGCGCACAAUCGAAGCAACUCGGAAACGAACACCAGGCGGCCAUCGCAACAGAAUACUGCGAGCAAGGGCCAAGGAAGUGCACAGUCUCAACCCAAGGUCGCACGGACGCCAGAUGAGAAACCUCCGCUGCAGGAGCAAGCUCCCAACGACCUGAGUCGGACUCUGUCCGGUGGGCAGUCACCUCACACUUCCAGUGAGAAGAAGCCGCCGUCGUCCGACGACCUCCAGAGAAGCGAAAAUGCCAAGGCUUCGUUGCUUUCCACGCCUCGAAGUCGCGUUCCCAUGAUGCCGUAUUUCCGCUGGCUUGGCCCUACUGCGAUCAUGCCAGGAUUCAAGCAAAUGGUCGUCAAGUUGAAGAGAAGCGACACCAAUGAUGGCAUGCGAACGUCGACGGACGGCGGCGUGCGAUCACCAUCUUUGAAUGACCCACGCUCCAGUGAGAGGAAUACGACUUCCAUAUACUCCGCGACCCCUGCUGCGGUAGAGUCGGAUGCCCGAACACCGUUGACACUACCAUUUUACGACACUUCGCCGAUGCCUCCGAGUGAGCUCAUCACGCAUCUUGUGAAUACUUUCUUCACUCACUUGGGGUGCAACUAUCCCUUUCUCCAACGGGACCGGUUCAUCAAAGACCUUGAGGAGAAGCAAGUGGACCCUGUUCUCGUCGAUGCUGUGUGCGCAUUAGCUGCGCGUUUCUCUACGCACUCGUUGUUGACUCAAUCCCAACCAGAUGGUGAGAAGACUGGUCCUGCAGAAUAUGGUCAUGCUUUCGCACAGCGUGCGAAGGCUGCACUGACAGAUACAUUCCCCUGUCCAAGCGUUGCAGCAGCCCAAGCAGCACUUCUUCUUGCUUAUAACGAGUUCGGAGAGCAACGUGAUAGCGGCCUUUGGAUGUAUUUGGGAAUUUCAAUUCGCCUGGCCCAGGAUCUAGGUUUGCACAAGUUAGAAGGCCUGAAGUAUGUGGGUAGAGAUGGACCGACCCCUCGGAUGGUGAAGUCUGAGCAGCGAAACUCGAAAUCUGCGGCGACACCGGCGACCAGCGGACCCGUCAGAACUCCGUCAACCAACGAAUCGAUUCAAUCCCCAGAGGAGCGCCGAAAUAGGGAAGAUGCGCGAUCUGUGGAGCAAGAACGUGUCGACACCUUCUGGGCGAUCUUCUUCCUCGACCGCGUGGUUUCAUCAGGAACCGGGCGACGCAGCACACUGCGGGACAAGGAUAUCGAGAUCUCGCUGCCUUCCUUAACGCAGACUCACGACCGGUCGGACUGGCCAGCACCAUUUCCUGCAUUGAUUAGGAUUGUACAUUUGUAUGGUCGUGUGGCAGACCUACUCAACAGUAUAAAGGAACCAUCAGACAUCACGGCAGAGACACCAAAACGCCUAGCGGCAAUGGAGAGCCAAGUCACCAACUUCUACCAGAACUUAUCGCCACGGCUGCACUUCGAUGCAGUCAAUUUUCAGCAUUACAUGAAAGCUGGCGAAGGCACCAACUUCGUCCUUCUCCACUUUUGGUUCCAUGCUUUGAUCGUAAUUCUGCACCAGCCUACACUCUUGAAAACAUUCGCUGGUCGAAUGUUGCAACUAUUUCCAAACUCACAACAAUUGAGCAUGAGCAGUGCUAAGACCAUCGCCGACAUCUUGAGCUAUUCGCAACUCAUGGAUGCCAAAGCGUCAUUGGGAAACCCUUUCACGUCGCAGCCGAUCUAUAUCGCUGCAUGUGCAUUCUUGAGAGAAACCGUGGAGCAGACGGCGACGAGCAACGCGCAAAGCCGAUCGAACAGUCCCAACCGAGCCUCUGGCAAGACAAGUAAUUCCGACAGCGCUUCUUCCUCGAAUGGGACACCUCACGAUGCUUCAAGGAAGGCCUCAAUAGCAAGUAUCACCGCAGCCUCAGACACUUUGGAACGAAAACAGCCCGCCGGAACUGCAGCCGAGAGGUCGCAGCUCGCUAAGCAUACGUUGCUAGCCACGGCAGCAUCGCAACAUUACCAGCUGUGCUACAAAGCGCUACAAUCAAUAGAGACGUAUUGGUCUGGCGCCAAAUACAUCCUCACGGUUCUCGACCAGAAAUUCGAAGGGGUCGGCGAUCCUUUGCUGUACACUGUUGAAGAAGGCGAGUCAUCCAUGGAGCAGCCGCGUCCAGAGCCGGAUUUUACCUCGCCAGGUUGGAGGCGAAAGCUCAGCUGGGGGCCCUACAUAGCUAAUCCUGCAUUGCAAUCGCCGUUCUGGCCGCCAAGCGGUUUCACGCCCAAAGUGCCUGGGAGUCCGCGGGACGGUGUGGAUCCCAGUAAAGCAAUUGGUUGGACUUUUUCUGGUGACAUGAACUCCAACUCGACCAAUCUCGCUUGGCAUUUUGCAAGCGACGGAAACCCGAGCUCUAACAUCGAUACAAGAUUAAACUCAUUGUCGUCCUCGGCGUACGACUCAACGACAGUUGGGAAGGCACAGCAUACUUCCGCAAGUACCCAAGCGAGAGGACCAUCUGGACUUUCGAGAAUCUCGCAGGAUAGUGUUCCGAGACAGGUGGCGCAAGCAAAGUUCAGCAACGUCUCCAAUUCUGAUGCGGAGAAUUUACUUGCGCUGAGUUCUCCUUACAACCAACAUCACAGCCAAGCGACUCCGCCUGCGCCUAUGUCGGCCAGCUUCCAGCAGCAUGGCACCGCCAUGUCCUCGAUGCCAGCGCCAAGUAGCAGCGCGACUCAGCAGCCAAUGAACGGACAAUCAACACAAACACCCUUCAUGAUGCCUGGGACUUACGACUUCUCCAUGAAUUUUAUGCCUGGAAAUAUGAUGAUCGAGACGCAGGAUGUGGAUAUGAACAUGCUGGGUCUUGAGGCUAUGCCUUGGUUUGAUGCUUAUCCUCCCCCGGAUAUGCUGCAUCUGUUCGACCCCAACCAGCAGGCUACGGAUGGCGCAGGAAAUCAUGCUGCAGGACACGGGCGGGGAUAAUGGGGCGGCGGAUCGUGACGUGCGAUUCGUCUCAUGUGGGCUUGCGACUGUGGUAACGAGCUCAGACUCUAAUGCAGUCAAAACGCCCUGUAUACAUAUAUUUCUACAUACCUCACGGUGACCGCUUAUACGCGGCGAUUUAAUACACAGUAGCAUGAGAUGGCGGGCCGAAUCUUCGGAGCCGACCAU